AUGAACGCAAGGCUGGAGAAUGCUCUCCAUGUGCAAGACCUCAGCAAGAACCUAUUUUCGUUGACGGCAGCAACAGCGCGCGGGAUGACGAUCAAGAUUGCACGCAAUGACUGCAUCGUCAAGAAAAGCGGACGACCCUUUGCGACAGGCUCACGGCGCGGUAUGCUUCUUCUACUCAAUGUUGAAGCCAAAUUCGAGUGCUACAUGGUAGAGGGCGAAGAAGAACUGUGGCAUCGCCGACUAGGACAUGUGUCCUACUCUACUGUGAACAAGCUGAUCAAGCAAGGCUGUAUUAACGGCAACUGCAUCGAUCCAAGUGUCGUUUGUGACUUAUGCGCGACAUCCAAGCAAGUACGCAAGACAUUCAACAGCAACGAAUCGGAUACUGCAGCAAGGGAGAGUCGCCGCGAAGACUCGGUCGUGUGUUCGGAUGUUUUAGGAACUGUGUCACCGGCAUCCAAGUCGGGCUACCGCUACGUCCUGACCUUCAUGAUGAUGAAGCGUCACUUUGCGAUGGUUUAA